UCAUAAUGAGUUUUCUGUUUUAGAUUGACUGGAGCGAGCGGCUGAUUGAGAUACUCCUGAGGCAGUUAUUCGCGCAGUAAGAACGAGAUACACAGCAGCUAGUGUGAAUACAAUGUCAAUGGCUGCUAUUGUCCAGCCGCCCAGAGGCGCAACCCUACAUGGGGCUGCAAGCUGAGCACUUCCUAUUCUGUAACAUUUAGCGAAAAUAAUAAUUGAUUGGCUCGAAAUGCACUUUAGUCGCAUACAAUAGCUGCUAUAGCAUUGAAAUAUUCGGGUUACUGGAUUGUUGCAGAGAGGGAGAGAGAGAGAGAGAGAGAGAAUGACGGUGACUACUUUCACAUCGUAUACGACUUCAGUGAGUUGAGAUUGUCGACAGGCCACUGACUGGCAGCAUGCUGGCGAGAACGUCCCGACGAGUGCCUUGGAAUCUCUCUGGCACGAGACGUGGCGAUGUCUUCAGUCAAAGUACAGGUGCGAUUGCGUGUUCGCAUGGCCUGUUCCCAGGUGCUGGGCAGUUGCAUAGGUCAUCAUUGGCAAGCUAUUCGCUCCAUGCGAAGGUAUCCAGAGCAAGCGUGUCUGUGACAGGAUCGCUGAAGAAUGCUGCGUUGCGAGCAACAAGAACACCAGCAGCUCUGGUUUGUGUACAGUCCGCACGCUUACCCAUGACAUUCAGAACACUUUGUUCUAGUUUAUUGCACGUGCCUCUCUCGCUGAUUCCAAUCAGUCCGGCCGUGGCCGAAGUGCGUGCGAUUCUGUCGCAGGACCCGCUGCCAGAGCACGACGGCUUGCUGCGUAUGGUGACGGGACUAGAGACGACGGCGCAGCGCCUGGCGGCCAUACUGGCAGUGCAGCAGAACCAUUCCAUGGGCGACGUGCAGCGCACGGAGAUCAUGGACUCUGCGCUGUGGUGCUGCGUGAUGGAUGGCGACGGGGAUUUCGAGUGGCACUUCGCCAGCAUGCUGGUACGCACUGCUCGCUUGCUGCCGCACAUCUCCCGGCUGUCGUCGCUGGUGCCAUUCGUGGCCCUGUGCGUUCGCAAUCUUCACGACGAAUCACCAGUGGAAGAUCUCACCACCGUACUCAGACUGCUGUCGAGCUGCAAGAGUAGCAGCCUGUCGCUGGCACUGGAGUUGAGCAAGAAGCGUGCCUUGCUCCUGCAGCUAAUCCCCAAGCUGAUGAUCAUCGACUGCCUUAUCCUAAUCAAGCAUUACCCCGGACCGCGUGACAUGCUCCUGCUGAAGAAGUGUCACGUGUUUGCUGGCGACGUUCUUCUGCCGCCGGCAGAUGGUGUGUUUCAGGCGAGCUUCAUGGACGCCAACCCUGAGAUUCGAGCUGCCUGCUUGGACCGCAUGUCGUUCUGGUUGUCUCGUGCGAAUGCACUGCCCGACGGUGAUGUGAUUCGCUUCGCGGGACGUAUCGUCAUGUGUCGCAGUCGCCAUGAACAAUUCGUCAAGGAGGUCUUGCGGCUUGGCAGCGAUGGAUUCUACACCGGCUUGCGAAUCUCCCUGGUUCAGCUGAUGUACAUGGCAAACAUGUGUGCCACUUACAGCAUCGAGGCGCCCAGCGUUGUGUCUGCCGUAGGUCGGCCCGAGUUCACGCUGCCGCCGGGAGAAGGCCUCGACACGGCUAUCCUGUUGAACUGGUCGCUCAUGGUGCUGAACGAUACACCGCCAGCCAGUUGUCUGAUGGUGCUGCUCAAUCGGCUGGAGCACCAGUGUCAGAAGAGCGGCAUGCGCUCCAUUCACACACCGCACUGGCUCAAGCUGUAUCAACUGCUGCCCGUGAUGGAGCGGCACUUUGACGCGAACGCCGAAUCCAUCGCCCAGGAUAAGCGGGUGUUUUGGAAAGGCUUCUGCGACUGGAUCUGCCAACAUCUCGUUCUACUCCACAGUAGAGCCCUAGCUGGAAUGUUCAUGGAUGACCGCUUGCUAGAGACAGGGUUCGUUCCGCCCUCCACCACGCCAUUUCUAGCUGGCUGCCACCCUGUGAGUUUCUGCCUGGCGGUCACCGCACGGGGCAAAUGGCACUCGAUCCCGUUCGCCGAGACAAACCGUAACCUGGAAUCGCUGUCGAUGUGUCCUUUGCACACUCCGGACACAACUGAUUCGGACGGGGUGGCACAGCACACGAGGAAAACCCUGCACCAUGCUGUCUGUUCCGGUAUUGAAGCUGACUAUGACGUCCGCUUCCGGGUCCGGAAUGUCGUUGCCAUGCUGGUGGUGGAUGAGCGUAAUAUCGGCGACAACGGCGACCUCUUUGGGCCGGCGAGUGUCCAGAAAGCCCGUCUGGAGAGCAGCGGUUUUGUGGUGACCGCCGUACGUCAGGACUACCUUGAGAGUCUUUUUCUUCAGUUUUUCCCCAGCCACUUCCAACGGAACCAGACGGGGAAUUGCCCGGAGCAUGGUGCUGUUACCAAUCUUCACCCGUGCUACUCGGCUCUUGCCAUCUCGACCAGCGAACAGCUCUAUCACUCUACCGAGGCGCCAAAGGUGCCGCUUCUUCUUGUCGUCAACAACCAGGACAACCUCGCCAGCCUUGAUCGGACGGGCCUGGGCGGACUGGUAGCUGCUGAGGCCGACCAAGUACUGUUCCCGCCACCGCUUCCUCAGGUGCUCCUUGACAUUGAUGAUGUAACUGAACCGGGCCGACAAUUGUGCAGCUGUAAGGCCGUCUUCUACCUCGGGGGCCCCUGGUGCAAAGACAUCUCCCAUCAUCAUGGCCGGGGUCAAGGCCAUGUCAUCACCGAUGUCCGUUGAUACGGACGUAAGCGGGCGCGAAUUCACCACUGCCUCGAUCUCCGCCAGGACUGUGGCCAGCUCCUCAGGUUUCAGAAGCGCUUUGCCCAACACCUUCUUCAGAGGUGUCUUCACGCAAGCGACCAGGCGCUCAUAAAACCCGCCAAACCAGGGUGCUGCAGGUGGGUUGAAGCUCCACACUACCUCUAUCUUCUCCGCGGCAGCCUUGAACGUCGUAGCGUUGUCCGAACGAAUUCUGCAAGGCUUCCCACGCCGCGCGACGAAUCUGCGAUAGACAAGAAGGAACGCUUCUGUUGACAGACUAUCCACCAUGUCCAGAUGAACUGCUCUAGUGGUACCACAUACAAAGAGCACGACCCAUCGCUUUGCGGACCGCUCUCCCGUUUGGACGUAAAGAGGACCGGCGUAGUCUAUGCUUGUAAGGCCGAACGGCUGUUGAUGUUCAACACGGUCUGCUGGUAAGGGCGCCACCACCUCGGCUGCUGCUUUGGCCUUGAACCAACGGCAAGCAAAGCAUCUCUCGGUAACACUUCUCAGCAGGCGACGCCCAGACAGAAUCCAAAACUUGCGUUGAAGAAAGGCAAGGACGCUCUCGACACCUUGGUGCAAUCGUUGCUUAUGCACCAUCUCCAGCAAGAGCUCGGUCAGAUGAUGUUUCGUUAGGAUGAUAGGGUGCUUAGCGUCAUAUCCUAGCUCACUUUCCUGCAGCCUGCCGCCGACCCGCAGCAACCCAGCGUCAUCGAGGAAGGGUGACAACUUGUACAAGCGAGAACUAGGAGGCAAGGAGUUGCCUUCUUUCAGCAUAGCGAUUUCCUCCGCGAAACACUCUUGUUGGAUGGACCGGUACAAGAAAGCUUCUGCUUUAGGGAACAGCUCAGCGCGGAUUGCCGGCUCCUUCCACUGGAGCAUCCGCACGACAACUCCACAAGCCCGUUGCCACUUCGAAAGAUUCUCCCAUGGCCAAACAACUGACUGCCUGACUGUAUUCACUGCCGCUACGCGUGCUUCAAUGACGGACUCUUGCGUGCUGUGAGACGAAAUCGACUGUGGCCACUCAGACUCCUCGCUUAACGAAGGCGGGCGAUGCAACCAUAUCACCGUCUGAAGGCCGCUCACCGGAACACCGCGGGACACAAGAUCUGCUGGGUUGCUCACACCGGGACAGUGACGCCAUUCUACGUGCAACUUCCGCGACUGGCACGUUUUGCUGAUGACAGCGCUUUGAGUGGUUUUUGUUCCUUGGUUGUUUUCUUUGGUGUUUUUCGUUGUUCUCUCAGAGUCGCAAUAGCUCUCUUACCCGUAUACCCGUUAUGCAUUCUAUUCUAUCAUUACUGUAAUGUUUAUCUAUCUAAACUCGUAAUGCCCGUGGUGGUUGAGACUGAGAGUGCUUGUGUGCGGUA